AUGGAUCUCCGUAAAGCUGUGAGGAUUAUCUUCGUGUUGUCGAGCGCUUUAUCUGCCGCCGCUGCCGUUUCAAGACCAUGGUGGUCCACCUUCGCUCAACGGGCGUACUGUUCAUCACCGGGCGAAGUCAUCUGCAACAGGGACUGUUCGGAGGUGCAGAUAUGUCUUGGCAACCUGGAAGAUGACUACGAUCCUCAGACAAUGAUAGUGUGCGACAAGGCCAAUGGAAUGUGGUGCAGUGCAAGUCAAAGACAGUGUGUUCCGAAGGAAGAGUCUGAUUGUGUACCAGCUGGGAACACCUUCACGUGUAACAGCAUCGGAUCCUUCCCUGACCCGUAUGACUGUAAGACGUACCACGUCUGUAUUGAGGGCCAAGAGCAGGCGGUGACUGGAACGUGCAAUGCUACUGAUGCUGCCUACAAUCCCUGCACAGGGGACUGCACACUGACAACGUCAGACCGCGUCUGCACGGAAGGACCCGUCAAGCCCUGCACUCAGUCACUCGAGAUGGGUAUUGUCCCAGAGAACCCAAACAUCUACUACGCCUGCAAGCCUACCGAAGAUGGCGGCUACUACCCGGAUAUGUACAAGUGUCCUGGCGGAUAUGUCUUCGACACCGCUCAAUUUACCUGCGUUGCAUCCUCCGAUAUCUGCUCGGCGACACGUCAAUAGAAUCACGUCGCCAGUCUUCGACAGUCCACAAGGCAGCCUCGGCUACGACCAAUGAACCGUGCCGAGUGGGUGUUCCUCAGCUGCUGUGUUUGAGGUCUACUUUAUCUCCAAAUAAAAGAAACUCGUUCAUACAAAAGUAUGCAUCUCCUACAAAGCGUACAUCGGCCGAUAUUUAGUAGCAAUAUUUGUUGUAAGUUUUGGAACUAAAAAGGGUUGUCUUCAUAGUACCAAGCUGUACUGUACAACAUGUUGGGAAUAAAGCGUUUGAUGACUUGGA